AUGGCCUCCAGACGCCAUUGCACGAGCGGAGAUACUAUUGGGACAGUGGCUGCGAUUCUUUUGCCUCAGCGCCUGGAUCAUAUCGGAGGAUGCAUCAGCUCCCUGGUUCCCGCUCAGUGGUUCGCAGUGCUACCAAGAGCCAUGAACCUUUUUAUGAGCUUGAUGAUGACUGUGCCGGCUUUCCACGGUUCCGUGCCACAGAGCUACGGUCUUGGCUGUGCUUGUAUUAUCGGCCAUUCAGGACCCCUUGUUUCUUGCUCUCGUCGUCGCCUUCGGCUCAGCGGUGCCUACUGUAGAUCUGGGGUCGAAAAAUGUCCACGGGUGGCAUCUGCAGUGGCCACGAGUGCAACCCUGGAUAGCCAUGCUUACCUCGCCAAGGGUCCUUCUCCCUGGGCAAUUCUUCUCCCGUGUUGCGGGGGAUCUCCAUCAAAACAGGAAGUGAAGGCACCACCGUCCUAUCUGGGUGACAACCUGGCUGCCUAUAUCACUCAAGGCCCCUCCUACACGAGCGCAGAUGUCGUCCCCAAAGUCCUGAAACUCCCCAACCCUUCUGUUAUUAUUGCCCACACGCAAAAGUUGGCGGCAGAACGCCCGCACUUGGCCCAAGCUUUUCAAUUGGUUCUAGAAACCUGUCAGACGCAGUUCCACAUCAUCACCAGAAUACCCACGCUUUGGUCGCUACAGCUACACCCGCACUAAAUGACCAUAGCGAUAGUUUUCGCUGAUCGCCUCCUUCCUCCACCGCGAACGAGGGACUAGCCU